GACCGGGGAGGCGGCUGGCGCUGGGGGACGGGGCUGUGACGCUAAACUCGCGAAGGUUCUAGAGGCGCCGCGCACGGUAGGCGGGCCGCGGUGUCGCGCAGGGCAGGCGGUGCGCUCGGGCCGCGGGCGCUGCGAGUCGUGCGGGUCCUGCGCAUCGAGCGGCGCGACGUUUCCGGUUUGUUCCCCCCGCGGGGCUGCAUCUCGUGCCUUGCCCGGCCCGGCCCGACCCGACCAUGGCUUCAGCUGUGGAGGAGCUACAGAAAGAUCUAGAAGAGGUCAAGGUGCUGCUGGAAAAGGCCACGAGAAAGAGAGUGCGUGAUGUGCUGACAGCUGAGAAGUCCAAGGUGGAGACGGAAAUCAAGAACAAGAUGCAGCAGAAAGCACAGAGGAAAGCAGAGGCUCUCGACAGCGAGAAGCCGGCCGCCGUGGUGGCUCCCAUCACGACAGGCUACACCGUGAAGAUCAGCAAUUACGGAUGGGACCAGUCGGACAAGUUUGUGAAAAUCUACGUCACGCUGGCUGGCGUCCACCACGUCCCCGCUGAGAACGUGCAGGUGCACUUCACGGAGAGGUCAUUCGAUCUCUUGGUCAAGAAUCUCAACGGGAAGAAUUACUCCAUGAUUGUGAACAAUCUCUUGAAACCCAUCUCUGUGGAAGGCAGUUCAAAAAAAGUCAAGACGGACACGGUGAUUGUCUUAUGUAGGAAGAAAGCGGAAAACACACGGUGGGACUACCUGACGCAGGUAGAAAAGGAGUGCAAAGACAAAGAAAAACCUUCCUAUGACACGGAAACAGACCCUAGUGAGGGAUUAAUGAAUGUUCUGAAGAAAAUCUAUGAAGACGGAGACGACGAUAUGAAGCGAACCAUCAAUAAAGCCUGGGUGCAGUCCAGGGAGAAGCAAGCCAAAGGAGACACGGAGUUUUGAGGCCGGAAGGCCCCUGGGAACUGACGGGGAAGGGCCGCUGUCCGGUGAGGACGCGCGGGUGAGCUGCACGGAGAAGUGUAACGGGUAACUUGGCAGAGCCGUCUUCUGAGUCAAGGCAGUGAAUUCUCCUCCUGGAGGAUUUAUUUAAAUAAAAUACGCUUAUUAAACACUUCCUCUAAAGAUGGUUUCCUUAGUAAACUGGUCAUUUUGUUCAAGAAGGAAUAACACUGUCGCACGGGAAAUGUGGAAAAGCCAGUCUUGCCAGUGAAAGUGCCGUGUAGUGUUUCUGUUCAGCUGAGAGGUAGAAAAGUUACUGCUGCUUAGGUUCCUGACAUCAGUUCUCACCAGUGUAAGAAUAAGU